AUAUCCAAGGUUUUGCCGGGCCUCUAUGUUAGCGGUGUUUGUGCUUUGAAAGCGGAGAUUGUCAAGGAACACGGCAUUACGAUGAUCGUCAAUGCUACUGAGGAGGUGCCGAAUUCGGCUUCACUGGGUAACAUCCCGAGACUGAAACUGUUCCUGAAGGACGACUCGAAGGCUUGGGUUCUUUCCUAUCUUGAUCACGUAUGCCAUAAGAUCCUGAAGGAAAUGGCGAAAGGUGGAAGAGUACUCAUACAUUCAGUGCAGGGCGUGUCACGCUGCGCAGCAGUUUGCCUCGCCUUCCUUACCAAAUACAAAUUCAAGACACUGCGUGACGCAUAUGAGUAUCUCGCUUCCGUGCGACCAAGCGUGCAACCGCGUAUCAGCCUUUGGCGACAGCUCAUCUCGUAUGAACAGGAUAUAAAACAAACGCUGGGCUCAGUGGAGAUUGUUCGCGAUAGCGAAGAUCCAACGUUGCUGGUGCCGGAUGUAUACCGAAGGGUAACUUCAAAGCAUCAAAGUUUGGACCAUUCUGAAAACAAUGCAACGACGAGUUCGCCGAGUACUGAGCCGCACGAACAGGAUCCAGGAAAGCAAUCCGAGAAUAACACAGAAGCGAAACUGACUGCAGCAGUGGUGUCCGGACAGGCUGCUGUAGCGGUCGCCGCCACUGCUGCAACAGUUACCGAUCUGGCUGUGAAAACAGCUCAAGGAGUAGUUGCGAAUGGUGCCUGGAGUCAGAAAUCACACAUGCCGACAAGGAAGAAUUCACUGAGCAGGAAGUUCUCACCGGUUCUCGAACCGGUCCUUGAAGUCGUCGAAGCGGCUGCGUGA